AUGUCGAGCAAAAGGGCCAAGGGAAAGACUACCAAGAAGCGCCCCCAGCGCGCUACCAGCAAUGUGUUCGCUAUGUUCGACCAGUCUCAGAUCCAGGAGUUCAAGGAGGCCUUCAACAUGAUCGACCAGAACCGUGACGGGUUUGUCGACAAGGAGGACCUGCACGACAUGCUUGCCUCACUGGGUGAGUAUCUCUGAAGCUCCCCUUAUCUGAAAUCAGUCAAUUGUUUUCUCAUGGACUUCGUUUGAUUCACUCAAUGUGAAACUGAGGCACUGAAUGAUUUCGUGUUAUCUCUUGUGUGCUUGUGUUGGGCUCCCCCUUUAAAUUAUUGCCUGUAUGUCUUUUGAUCACUGCUUGGCGUUAAACUUUGUAGUGUUUGUGGACCCAGUCAGUCUUGCUGACAGGGUUUAGGUUUGUUAUGUAAGGUGAUACAGUAUGUUUACCCCCUGGCUAAGGUUGGGUGUGUCUCCCAGCUGGUAAGUUGGUGUUAGGAGAGAGGCAUUCUAUUGAAACAGUCAUCCAUUAACAAAGAACAUUCAUUUGUCCAGCAUUCCCUACCACCCUGUUCCCAUUGUGUUUUAUAUGAUUGAAACCAUUUAUGCAGAUAUUAUUGUAAAACUAGGUUGCUGUAUGCGCACAUGACUGAAUCGCUUUGGCUAAAAGCGUCUGCUAAAUGGCUUAUUAUUAUUACUGUUGACAGGGAGUUGAAUGCAGUCUGUUCUAAUGUGGCACUGUGUGAUCGUCCUUUUGUUUUUUAGGAAAGAACCCGACUGAUGAGUACCUGGAGGCGAUGAUGACUGAAGCGCCUGGGCCAAUCAACUUCACCAUGUUCCUCACCAUGUUUGGAGAGAAGCUCAAUGGCACAGAUCCUGAGGACGUCAUCAGGAAUGCUUUUGCCUGCUUCGACGAAGAGGGCACAGGUAAGACUAUAGCAAAUCUCAGGCUUUUUUUUUGGAGGGGGGGGGAAUAGGAACGCUGUCGGGCUGUAUAAAUUCAUACUGUUGUAGAUACUGAUAAUGGAUGCCGUAGUUGCGUAGAGAAGUUACGUUUUAUUAGUCGUAUGUACGGGAUAUGCAUGGUAUACAUCAUCCAACGAAAUGAUUAGUUUCAGGUUCCUUCUCGACAUUGCUAACAACAAUAAGAAAUAGUAGAAGAAGAAUGCGAACCAAGUGAAUGGCAGUAGAAUAGAAUAAACGUUUUAGUGUAAGUAAUAUAGGAAGGAACAAUUUAUAGUCCAACAUUUACACGUGUAUUGGGGUGGGGGGCAAGUGUAUAAAUUGAGCAGUAUAAUAAGUCUGGUAGCAGCAGUUGUGGUGUGUGUAGAAUGAAUGUAUAUAUGUAUGUGUGCUAAGGUGCGGAGAAUCAGAGCAGGUGGUCAGUGCAGUUCAAGUGCUCAGCAGUCUGAUGGCUUGUGGAUAGAAACUGUCUCUGAGCCUGUUGGUAUCAGACCUUAUUCUCAGUCUGCCUGACCGGUAAGGGAGAGCACAUCUCGUGUGUGUGUGGGUUUCUUGAUGAAGAAGAUACAAUUCCCGAGUUGUUUGCUUUUCAGGAUAUUCCUAAUCUCAUUCUCAGCUGGAUAGACUGUACUAGCUUCCUCAGUGCCUCUGGAUGUGUGGGCUGUACCAUUAACAGGUCCUUUUGGUUAAACCAUGGCUCCCAGGGGUUUAGUCCCCAAAUAAUGAUGGAACCAGUGGUAUACUACGAAGCAAGCUAGAUCUACUCAGGCUUUUAUAAAGCUAGCCAGCUUCACAUUCCAGGCCAGGCUUCAUCCGUACUAAGAGGAUGUAUAUCGCUCCUCUGCCUGCCGCUAGCUCUAGCAGGCUUGUAAUUGCGCGUGCAUUUCGCACGUGGCUAGUCGAACGCCAAACUCUUCAUUGAGACAAUGCUGAAACCUCAAUCCAUGGGUGAGUCGGUGUCUCAUUUUAAAUUUGUGCCGAAAUCAAAAUGAAAGAAGUUAUUACAAAUGCAUCAGGCUAUGGUGUGAAAUGGGCUUGUAGAGGUGCCGUCUUUAUUUUAUUACUUAUCGUUAAUGCCGUCUUUGGUGUGCUUAUUCCCACUACUAUCGCUCCUAUCUGUGGAACAGCUUGUUGCGUUGGGCUAUAGACAUAUCAUCUAUAGAAGGGUUUUGGAACCUCCAACCCUGGCAAUUUGAAUCAAACUCGGGUACACUAGCAAUUGCUGCCAGUCUUGAUUUGAAUGGGACCUGCCAUCUAUGGAUUAUGUCUAUGGUUGUGGCUCAGUCUUUUGCAAAUUUCAAAAUACAAUAGUGUGAGAAACGUACAGUUUGGAAAGCAAAUGCUGCCAUUUAAAUGUGUAAUGUGAUAGGUAUUUUAACAUUACCAUUUUUUUACACACAAAAAAUGUAAUAUUUAAUCACUUCCUCAAAUGAUGACAAUCUUUGCGAGAGGGCGGGUAUCUGAUUUCAUUGGUUCUCAACUCGUGGCUAAGACACUUUAUUCAGGAUAAAUGGAGUUAGCCCUGAGUUAGCCUGCCUGGCUAAAAGGUGAGGGCUAUGGUCCAUAUGGGAAAUUCAUGCUUACAAAAAUACACAUUGGGCAUUUUGUUUAAUUUCCUUGAAAGGAUCGCUACCCCAAAACUUCAUUUCAAAAUAUCAUGCUUGAGGGGGCUGCAUUUUCCUUAAAUGGAUUGUAAAUACAGAAAUAUGCUUUAUCAACUUUGAUAAAAUGUCUUGGUUAAUGUUGUUUCAUAUUGGGUUGGCCAGAUGCAUGUUAUUUAAGAUAACGUUGAGGGGUUGGGUGUGAGUCAACAAAUUAAUAACCCAUGCAUCACUGCCCGGGGGAAGUAACCAUGACAUGGGCAUUAUCGCAUACCGGUCUCACUGCAUCACCCUGUCUGUCCUCAGGUGUCAUCCAGGAGGAAUACCUCCGAGAGCUACUGACCACAAUGGGCGACCGCUUCACAGACGAGGAGGUGGAUGAGCUCUUCAGGGAGGCGCCCAUCGACAAAAAGAGCAACUUCAACUAUGUGGAGUUCACACGCAUCCUAAAACACGGAGCCAAGGACAAGGACGAUUAA